AUGGUACUUGAUAUCACAAAGGAUAAUUUGCUAAAGUUUCGGGCAGUGAAGUCAUUCAGGUUGCCGGAGAACGAGGUCUCUCCGAUCACAUCGUUGAGCUAUGACGAUCAUGGGCAAUAUCUUUUGACAUCGUCAGCCAGUGACAACAUGCAUCUUUAUGAUGCUGUAGGUUGCAGGUUCUUGAACACCAUUGCUUCUAAGAAAUACGGAUGCCAUUCGGCUAAAUUUACCCAUGCACAGAAUGAGUGUGUUUACUCGUCAACAAUGAAGAGUUUUGACAUAAGGCAUUUGAAUCUGGAAACAAACCAGUAUCUUAGAUAUUUUACUGGCCAUGGUGCGCUGGUGAGUGAUAUACAAGUUUCCCCGCUUAAUGAUACGUUCCUUUCGGCGUCCUAUGAUGAAUCAGUGAGACUUUGGGAUUUGCGAAUCUCCAAAUCACAAGCAAUCGUACCAAGUUUAGUUCCAAGUUGCAUUGCAUACGAUCCAAGUGGACUCGUAUUUGCGCUUGGGAAUCCAGAAAACAACGAGCUUGGGCUAUACAAUCUUAAGCAGUUGAAAAAUGGACCUUUUCUGGUUAUAAAGGUCAAACCGGGGUUUACUCAAUGGAACAAACUUGAAUUCUCAAAUGACGGAAAGUAUCUACUCUUAGGAUCCUCUGCUGGGCGGCAAUUGAUACUGGAUGCGUUUGACGGUUCACAAUUGUUCGAACUUACCGGUACGAAAUCUUUCCCACUGCGAGAGUUUAUGGACUCUGGAUCAGCUUGCUUCACGCCCGACGGGAGAUUCACUUUGGGUACAGACUACGAUGGGAAGAUCGCAAUAUGGAGUCACUACGACUCCAUAAGCAACAAGACACUCAAACCACAGGGAUAUAUCACUGCAGCACCAAAUUCAUGCCCCAGAACCAUUGCAUUUAAUCCUAAAUACGCAUCAUUUGUUACUGCGGAUGAGAAUGUCGAUUUUUAUGUAAUAGAAGAAAAGUAG